ACUUUGAUCGCACGGGCUUCGUUUUGUGACAUGUCUGCGCAGGAAUCGUAAACGCAGAAAACGCGCGUGGGUGGGCCGUAACUCGACUCCUCGUCCGCUGCUUUAUUAACGAGCCAUCUCUCGAUAUAAGGACGCCCCACCUCAGUCACUCAGAGGGAUUUAAGUGACAUGUUAAGUGACAUGAGGAUACGCUUCAGCCCCAAACUCUCAGCUUCACACGCCCGCCACGUUAUACGACGAACGACAGUGCAAAAAAAGUACUUUCUUAGCACCAUCACCUAAAACCGCUCGUAUCAUAUCGCUUGGUUUACUCUUCACAGAAUGAAAAGCUUCGUGACUGCGUGUUGGCUGAGUUUUCUGCUGAGUCUUGCGGCGGUGGUUGAGAGUGAUGAAGACUACACCGAGGAUGAAGAGAUGAUCCUGUCUUUAAUUCUGCAGGAUGACACCCAGCCUGAAGCAGAGAGCAGGCCAUCCGCCCAGUUCUACAGGUGCACUAAGGACGCGUGGCGCAUGCCGGGUCAGUAUAUCGUGGUGAUGAGGAGCGGGACGCACGUGAACCAGGUGGAGCGCACCGCGCGCAGACUCCGCGCGAAAGCAGCCAAACGGGGCUAUCUGAUCGAAAUACUGCAGACUUACUCGGGAGCUUUCCACGGCUUUCUGGUGAAAAUGAGCAGCGACGUCCUUCACAUGGCAGUAAAGCUGCCCCAUGUGGACUACGUUGAAGAGGAUUCCUCCAUCUUCGCCCAGAGCAUCCCAUGGAACCUUCAGCGCAUCCUUCAAAACAAACACAAGACUGGAAAAUACUCACCACCCAAUGACGGAGCAAAGGUGGGAGUGUACCUUUUGGACACGAGCGUUCAGGCGACUCAUCGCGAGAUCGAGGACAGGGUCAUGGUGACGGACUUCAACAGCGUGCCGGAGGAGGAUGGGGUCAGGGUUCACAGACAGGCUAGUCAGUGUGACGGUCAUGGCACGCACAUCGCAGGUGUGGUCAGUGGACGGGACUCCGGUGUAGCUCGAGGUGCCAGUGUGAACAGCGUCCGGGUGUUAAACUGCCAAGGCAAGGGCACCGUGUCAGGAGCUUUAGCAGGUCUGGAGUAUGUUCAGUCGUCUCUGAUGUCUCAGCCUAUCACACCCGUGAUCCUACUGCUGCCGUUUGUAGGGGGAUUCAGUCGCACCCUCAACGCUGCCUGCAGGAAAAUGGUGGAGUCUGGCGCGGUGCUUAUUGCUGCGGCUGGUAACUACAACGAUGACGCUUGUCUGUACUCGCCAGCCUCAGAGCCUGAGGUGAUAACAGUAGGGGCUGUUAAUUUCGCCGACCAGCCCUUGAGCACUGGGACGACGGGCACCAACGUGGGCCGCUGCGUGGAUGUGUUCGCACCCGGUGAUGACAUUGUCAGCGCGUCCAGCGACUGCUCCACCUGCUUCACCACCAAGAGCGGAACGUCACAGGCAGCCGCGCACGUUGCUGGUAUAGCGGCGGUGCUCCUGAAUCUGAAUCCGAACUCUAGCUCUGCCGAGCUUCUGCAACAGCUCCUCCAUCAUUCAGUCAAACAGGUCAUUAACCCAGAGUCUCUGCCACUGAACCACCGUCUCGCUACACCCAACACGGUGGUCGCCCUGCCUGACACGACCUCCACACUCACAGGAGAGCAUCUGCUCUGUAGAUCCGUUUGGUCUGAGCAGUCAGCUGCUAAAGGUUCGGCCACGGCUGCAGCCCGUUGUCGUCACGGUGAAGAGAUGCUGAGCUGCUCAAGUUUCUCACAAAAUGGAGCAAGAGCUGGAGAAAGAAUGGAGGAGAGAGACGGGCAGAAAGAGUGUGUUGCUGUUAAUGGGAAUGGAGGGCAAGGUGUGUUCGCUGUAGCACGCUGCUGCACAGGCCAUAAAGCUCAGUGCCAGACGUCAGAGAGUCCUCAGAGAGGAGCGGAUGCAGAGUGCCCUCCAGACCACCAGCUGACAGGCUGCAGUUCUUUAUCUGGAGAUGCAUCGGACUCUGAUCGACCUCAAUAUGGCAUCCGAAGGGCAUGUCUUGCUAAAACGGGUGUAACUUCAUACGCCUCCUGCUGCCACACAUCCUCUCUAGAGUGCCGGCUGAAAGAGCACGAGUCUACGGCUCUCAGCGAGCAGGUGGAGGUUUCAUGCGAAAACUCGUGGACGCUGACAGGCUGUCAGGGUCUGUCGCUCGGUUCUGUCGUUCGCGGGGCAUUUGCUUUGGCUAACACCUGUGUAGUUCGUACAUCUGGAGGAGGUACAGGAGCUGCCGCCAUCGCCACCUGCUGCAGGCACCGUCUGUCCAACCAGCCGACUGAUCACUGAGGGAUGUGUUCUUCUUUUCUCACUUCUCUAAACAUGUAACCAUUAACCAUGGACAUAACCACUAUAACAAAUAUAAUAGUUAGGGGUGUUACACAAGUAAGCUCAAUUCUGUCAUUAUGCAAUAUUACAUGACAGAGAAGUGCAUUGUUACCAGUCCUGGACAUAACCAUACUCAAUCUAAAACUACAAGGAGCGCUAAAACACAUUUAAAGGCCUUUAAACAGCUAAAACAUAUUUAUACAGGCGUGGUUGCAUCAAUAUUAGAAUUCAGAUCGAUACCGAUGAUUUGUUCAGGCAACACAAAUACCAUUUUCCUUGAAUAAUAAUAAUAAUAAAAACAAAACUCAUGAUAAAGUGUUUUUAAGUCUACUAGUGAAUUCAGGCAUUAUUAAGAUUUGCUAACAAUUACAUUUAAAAGUGGCAAAGCAAGCAUUAGAUGAGCGCUAGUUAUAAAAAGAGGAAAUAAGCAUGUAGAAAAUAUACAAUAUCAGGUAAUAUAUUUCAAAUAUGUAGCAAUACCGCUAAAUUAAAACUGAUAUUAUAGAUAAUACCACUUUGACCAUAUGUAGGACCAUCACUUUUCAUAUUAACAUAUAUAUACUAUACAUAAUUAAAUAAAAAAAAUCCCCAAUAUCGGUAACGGAUAUUAUAGAUAAUACCACUUUGCCAUUAUUUAGGACUGGCACUUUUCAUUUUUAUACUAAUAGAAUGCAUUUACAGUAUGUAACAAGACGGUUAAAUAAAAAAAAUCUCUGCAUAGUCUGUAUAGUCGAAAAAUGAUAUUAUAGAUACAACUUUGACUAUUUAGUACUUCGAAAUGUUUGUUACACACAUAUUCUGAAUUGAAACUGUUGUAUUUUCGCUAUUUCUGGCAAGAGCAUUACCUAUUAUUAUGCAUGUGUAUUGUUCAUGUAAGAGUGUAAUUCUUCUUAUAAAUGUAUAUUUUUAUACUGCAAACCUUGGCAACUUUAUGUCCUGGUCUACUUCAGACUUGGCACAUACAAAACCACACAGUCUGAAAACUUGUGCAUUCCAGUUUUUCCUUUUUAUAUCAAAUGUUUUCAUUGUCAAACUCUGAUGUACAAAUUAAAAUGUGGUUUUAACAUG